UCUAAAUUGUAAGUGAGUUUUACAUAAUGAUAUCUAUAAACAAAAAAGACAAAUUCACUGAACUAUGGCUGGAACACAAGUUAUUGACUGACUAUGUAAGACCCGCUAAGGAGAUUGCACAGUUUUAUCAUGGUAGAAAAGUCGAAUGUACCCUGAAAAGGAUAAGUGGCUUGAGAAGAAUACCCUGGGCGGGUUGUUUCGAAAUACCUCCAAUAUAUCCACAGGGCUUGCCUUCGAAUUUUCGAGACACAACACAGAAUGUCGCUUCUAUGGCCACUUCGCCUUCUACUGCCGCCUCCACUUUGGGACCUUUCUGUAAACAUUGCGGUGCCCAGUUGACGGAGGUAAAUAAUUAUGGAAACAAUCGAAACUUUGGAUACGCAGGUGGACCAAGAGGUGGCAUAUACAACCGUGAAGCCAAUUACGCGAUAGUCGAAUCUCACAGCGAACCCUUGAAAGACCAUGAUCUCAUUGCUCAGAGCGAUACGUCCAAAAAGACAACGACCAAUGAACCAGUGACGAAUGAAACAAUCCAGAAUCAAUGCUUAGUAUUGCAAGCGCUGACACAUUAUCGAAAUCCUCCUACGUCUUGCUACGGCGAUAAAUGUUAUAGUCCCUUUGACGACCCACAUCGUACCAAGAAAGAUUUUCCCGAUCAGAAAACUCAACAAGACCGGAAUCCCGACGAUGAGAUAUACGCUUUGGCAAUAUCCAAUUCUCCAGAUGUAUGCGGCCACUGUCUUCAGGGUGAAGCAAGACGUGUUUUGAAAAGUGAACCAAAACAUGUUCAUCACAAUAACAAAAAGCCAUGCACUAAUUGUGGUGUCUUUUUCAAUCCAAAAGAACGGGUUAAUCAAGAAUUGCUUGUUUACAUCGAAGAAGACGAACCGACUGAAGAAACACCGCAAUCGCAAACCAAGGAAGUGCCAAACACGGAAAAAGAAAUAACGCCUGAACCAGAAGUACGCCGAAGUACGUUCAAAUCGUUUUGGGACGCAUUUGUACCCACAGCUCGUAAAAAAGUUUCCAAUGAUUCCCUGUUGCAAAUAGAAGAGAGCGUCGCUAAAGAAACUAAAUAUUCAGACUGCAUUGUGACUACAUCUCACUGUUUGCAACUACUUCUCGAUAGAGACAGUACAUUUUCCAAAUCUAGUGAAAGUACAUCUGAUUUUGAUCAUCACUCUCCAGAAAGUAAAAAAGCACGCAAGCAUUUAAACCGUAACCUUCGUGAACGGUCUCUUCAGCGUCGGUACAAAAGCGUCAACAGGAAAAAGUCACUUGCACCCUCUAAUUCUUCUUUCGAUAGUAUAUACAACUACAGAUCACGAUCUAAACGUACGAGACAUCGGGAUAACGAGAAAGAGGAAGCGCCAUCGGAUGAAGAAGAAAUAAUGAAUAAGCCUAUUCGAAGAAGUUCAACUAAGCCCAGGGUAAGCCAAGAAAAGGGGCAAAGAAAAGCCAGUUGGUCCAGAAAAAAUAGCGAACUUUCGAACGAUGAAGAAACGCCAAGAAUAAAAAUCUGCUAUGGUGAAAAGCCGAAUCCAUUUGAUGGUAUGUUCAAUAAAAACAGAAAAUCAAACUCAAGAAAAUAUCAGCUUUUGCCCAAGAGACCACCGAAGAUGAACAACAGAAAAAGUAAAAAAUCACAUUCUGACGAACUGUGUGCAUGUAAAUAUAUGGAAUGUCUGUGCAAUAAAAAGGCAGAUAUUGACAAAAAAUCAAAAGAGAGCAAAGGGAUCGAGAUAGAACUUUGUUCAAGCGACCCUUUUAUUAAUCCGGUUACAAAACGAGACAAAAUUAGAGAAGAGAAACGAUUAAGCAAAUUACUGGAGAGAGCCGAAUACGGUUGUACUUGUGGUAACAACACUCCUAACAUUUCAAAGUCGUCCAUAUCUAGCCGUGCGUCGAUUUUCAUUGAUGAAAGCAAGAAACGUGUUAGAAAAAGGGAAUUUGUACGCACGAAGUCAGCUCUGGGAGCGAAACUAGAAUCGGAAUCAGUACAGUACGUCGCUGGAGAAACUCGCCAAAAGCGUAAACUAAACGAAUCCCAUACUAAAACGAAACGAAUUAUCAAAUUGUUCUCAAAAGGAACUUCUACGGAUCCUGUUUCAGAUGUUUCAGAUAAAGACGUUUUAAAUGACUCUUCCGACGGAUGUAUUUACUCGAGUUUCGAAAGCAUCUCAGUCAAUUCUUUUGGACAAUCACUUCCCAUUAGUACAUUACUGUUAACGGAAAGUGUCCCGGACUCAAACUCAAUCACUUUACUCAGUCCACCAUAUGUUUCUAUAGAUGAUCUACCAGAAAAAAAUUUGAAAUACAAUAGAAAAUCCAAUGAUUUUUCAGAUGGAAAGGUUUUCUCCGGAUCGACUCAAAUGGUUAAGGGUACUAAAACCAUUAAGAAAGGGCGAGAGUACGAAAUUAAAUCAGAAAAACUGUCAAAAACCAAUAUAGUAGAAAAUCCGGCACAUCAAAAAUCAACCGGCCGUAAAUUGAAACAAUUCUGUGCCAAUUUCCCUGAUGUCGAAUCGUGUGGAGGUUUAGGGCGUACCCACGAUUUUCCGAAAGCGAUUAAAAAUAAAAACAAAAAGGCUGGACAAGUUAUGAAUGAUAGCACAACCGGUCGGAAGAAGUUGAAAAUAGAGAUGUGCCCCCAUGGGAGCUCCAUGAACAUCAUCCAUGAAACGGUCAGUGAGACAACCUCAGAAUCAAAUUUGAAACAUACAGAGCAAACAGCAACUAAGAAUUGUUGCACCCCUUUGACAGACCAAGAGAAGCUAUCAAAAAGGAAAAAUUUCUGGAUCUACCAUAUGAGAGACCAGAAUAAGGUCAAAUGUGCAAGAGGGUAUAAAAAUAUAAGAAAUUCGUCAGACGACAAGAUGAAGAAAAAAAUUGAAUUUCUGACAAAAAGAAAACAUUUUUUGCGUUCCAACUCCUGUGCUAGUUCUUCUAGUGUUUAUCCAACUAUGAAUAUACUUCCUGCAGGUGCAAGGCGGUCACAAGACUUCUGCAGAAAAUUAAAUUUAGAAACGGCCAUCAGAGAGAUCGACAGGAUGAGCUUGGACAACUGUCAAGGGUUAGAAGACCAACGGGUUUACACCUGCUUUUGCAAACAUUUUGCUGAAAUGACACAAGAAUUGGUUGAAGAAACCCUGUCGACGUCAUCGGAAUCAAUAAACACAGAUGAUUUGGAUAGAAAUCCACAACCAUUGGAAUCCAUAUUUCCAGGCCUUAUGACAAAUAUGCAAACUAGGAACGAUGUAGACGUUGUGUCACUUCUUGCAAACAUUCUCGGAGUUAACCAUCCUCUCGUACAAACACCAGAAGCCGUACUAAGAAAACCAAAAGGAUAUUCUAUCAAGAAAGACUUGGAACAGAUUGAUGAGAAAAAGAAAAUCAAUCUUCAACGGCUUGAAGAAAAGGUGCUACUUGACAUGAAAAACCUAGACCUAGAAUUAGAAAAGAGGAAAGCUUUAGUUGGGACACUUAAGCAGAAGAUUGUUGAAGAAAAACUAAGAUUGGAUGUAGAAAAAGAUAGGCUUAACCGCAGAAACAGUGAGUUAGAAAAGACCGAUCCUCUGACAGGAGAGGUGACUGAGAAACCACAAAGUGAAGUUCCAGCACCUAAAAAUGAAAACAAAAAAAAAACGAGCUCUAAAUCAAAAGGAUAAUUUUUUUACUUAGCAAGACAAGUCCGUUUAAUCACACGAUGUUGUUACCAAUUCCUUGUGUUUAUUAACAAAAUACACAAAACAUUGAAGACUAAAUGCACAGAUGUUUUUCAAAAAUGGAUUUAAAGCAAUUUAAAAAAAAUUAAAAAUGACUGGAUUACC